CCCCUCGCAGCCUCGCUCGGGCGCCAGCAGGUUCCCGUCAUGGCCGCCGUGUGCCGGGGGCUCCUCUCUCCCUGACCGAGCCGGGAGCGGACCCCCCCUCACCCCCCGCCCGGUGCCGGUGAGAGCCCCGCGGCGGCGAGCCGGCCGGGAGGCGGCAGGCGGCGGCUGGCCGGAGGCAGGGCGGGGAUGUGACUGGCCGGGGGGAGCCGGGAACUCGCAGCCGCCCCAGGGGGGGGCCCGGCCCCUUAGCCCGCCUCACCCGUCAGUGCCCCCGCUCCCCCCAGACGGCAGCCCUGCCCCCAUCCCUCUGGGGUCCCCUCCCCCCAGACUGGGUCUUAAACCCUGCCCUGUCCUCCACACCAAGGGGCUUCCUCCCUCCUCAGACUAGGCCUUGACCCCCCGCUUUGAUUCCUCUCUAUCCCCCCCCCGGGGUGUUUGAUCUCCCCUCUCCCCCACCAGCGCUGAGCGUCCUCUUUCUUUCCUCCCCCCACCCCAGACUGGGGUUUGACACCCUCUCCCCGAGGUUUCUGCCCCUUGUCGUAUUGGAGUUCCUCCCCACACCAUUAUUCUGGCCCCUGGGACCAUUCAGGGCAUGUGGGGAUUAGGGUUCUUGGCCUCUCUAAUUCCCUUGCCAAGAUUUGGGAUGAUCAGAAGCCAUAGCCUUGCUAUAACUCACCAAGCAGGCCUUUCAAAGUGUUAAGCUCCCCAAUUGGGAUGAAGCCUGCCCGGUCACCUCAGCUUGACCUUUUCUGGCUACUGUGCAGAAACCUUCCUCCUGGAGAGCAUCACUGGACUAACGGCGCUUUCCUGCCACCAGCAUCGAAUGGCCUGAGUAGAGUGGCAUCUAUGUCCUUCAUGAAACAAUAAGCAACAAGCCAGGGUUGGCUUCUCUGCCUUAUAAGCAGCAAGCUGGUGCAGAUGGGUAAUUCGUUAACCAUGUUAUCGUGAUGAUUGUUAUUGCUUCUGUUCCAAAAUGAUCCUGAAGUGCCCCAUCACCUGCUUCACUUUACCCAGAGCGUCGGAGAGGUAGCAGUGGUAAGAGUGGCAGAAAACUUGUUCUCGGAGAAGGCAGAUCUGUUGGGCUUGGAUGACUGCAAGUUUCACUGAAACAUCCACCUCACUCAAAAGUCAUUAUGGAUCCUCAAAGACUUUGAACUGUCUGCACCUUGUUUGGAAAUCUAAAAUGACUCUAACACACUUGACUCUCUCUGACUUUAGUAAUACUUGAAGCCAAAUCACUGGCUUUUUGGCCUUUAUUAACUAAGUGCUAUGCAAAAGAAAAGGAAAAAAAGAAACCUUGACACUGAUUGCAAUGGGAAUGACUAUUUCCUGCCUGGGUGACCCUAUAUGUGGUUUUCUUAUUGGUAAGAUGAACUAGUUCCCAUUUACUCAGUGGAAGACUCAUUACAGACAAGAACUUGAAACUUUGGUAACACUUGUUGUAGCUGCUAAGUAAAUGGAACAUCUUAUAACUCACAGCUUUGCAUAAAGCCACCUGAAGAGUCUUGUUGCAGUUUUUAAAGUGUAGAAAGAAUCUGUGCAGCUGAGUGAACUCUCUGCUUAAAGUGAUCCGUUUGCUGAUGCAGUAAACACAACAAACGCACACGUCUAAAAUAUUAUUUUACUUCCAAAUUCUCUGCCAACCUGGAAGAUCAGGGAUCUCUGUCUCCACACCCUUCUUGUCCUGGGAAAGAUUGCCUAUCGUUACUUUAUGGGGCAGCAGCCUGGAAAAGUUCUUGGGGACCAGAGGAGGCCAAGUCUGCCUGCCCUGCACUUUAUCAAAGGAGCAGGGAAGAAAGAAUCAUCUAGGCAUGGAGGCCCACAUUGCAAUGUCUUCGUGGAACAUGAAGCCCUUCAGAGGCCAGUAGUAUCCGAUUUUGAGCCCCAGGGUCUGAGUGAAGCAGCCCGUUGGAACUCCAAGGAAAACCUCCUGUCUGGUCCUAGUGAAAAUGACCCCAAUCUUUUUGUUGCACUGUAUGAUUUUGUGGCAAGUGGGGACAACACUCUCAGCAUAACUAAAGGUGAAAAGCUCCGUGUCUUGGGCUACAAUCAUAACGGGGAAUGGUGUGAGGCCCAAACAAAGAAUGGGCAGGGCUGGGUACCAAGUAACUACAUCACCCCAGUGAACAGUUUGGAGAAACAUUCCUGGUACCAUGGACCAGUGUCGCGCAAUGCCGCCGAAUACCUGCUGAGCAGCGGAAUCAAUGGCAGCUUUCUGGUGCGGGAGAGUGAGAGCAGCCCAGGACAGAGGUCUAUAUCACUGAGAUACGAGGGAAGGGUGUACCACUACAGGAUAAACACUGCAUCUGAUGGAAAGCUGUAUGUCUCCUCCGAGAGCCGCUUCAACACUUUGGCAGAGUUGGUCCAUCACCAUUCGACUGUAGCAGAUGGGCUCAUCACCACUCUACACUACCCAGCACCCAAGCGCAACAAGCCCACUAUCUAUGGAGUGUCUCCAAACUAUGACAAGUGGGAGAUUGAGAGAACCGACAUCACCAUGAAGCACAAACUUGGAGGGGGCCAGUAUGGAGAGGUGUACGAAGGAGUCUGGAAGAAAUAUAACCUUACAGUGGCUGUGAAGACCUUAAAGGAGGACACCAUGGAAGUAGAAGAGUUCUUAAAAGAAGCCGCAGUCAUGAAAGAGAUCAAGCAUCCUAACUUGGUGCAGUUAUUAGGGGUAUGUACACGGGAACCUCCGUUCUACAUCAUCACAGAGUUCAUGACUUAUGGGAAUCUGUUGGAUUAUCUGCGCGAGUGUAACCGGCAGGAGGUGAAUGCGGUGGUGCUACUGUACAUGGCGACUCAGAUCUCCUCAGCCAUGGAGUACCUGGAGAAGAAAAACUUCAUUCACAGGGAUCUUGCAGCCAGAAACUGCCUUGUAGGGGAGAACCACCUGGUGAAGGUGGCAGAUUUUGGUCUGAGCAGGCUGAUGACAGGUGAUACAUACACUGCCCAUGCUGGAGCCAAGUUCCCAAUCAAGUGGACUGCACCAGAAAGUCUGGCUUACAACAAAUUCUCCAUUAAGUCUGAUGUCUGGGCCUUUGGCGUCCUGCUAUGGGAAAUCGCAACAUACGGCAUGUCCCCUUACCCUGGAAUUGACCUGUCUCAGGUGUAUGAGCUGUUGGAGAAAGACUACCGCAUGGAGCGGCCUGAAGGUUGCCCUGAGAAAGUCUAUGAGCUCAUGAGAGCAUGCUGGCAGUGGAGCCCUUCUGAUAGGCCCUCGUUUGCUGAAAUCCACCAAGCAUUUGAAACGAUGUUUCAAGAAUCCAGCAUAUCAGACGAGGUGGAGAAAGAGUUGGGGAAAAAAGGCAUGAGAAGCGUCGUGAGUAACUUCCUGCAGGCUCCAGAACUACCGACCAAAACGAGAUCGUCCAGGAGAGCUGCUGAAAGCAAAGAUGCCAGUGAGAACAUGGAGUUGGCACAUCCUAAAGGACAAGGGGAAUGUGACCCUCUGGAGCAUGAACCUGCUGUUUCUCCCUUGCUCCCGCGGAAGGAAAGAGUUGCCCUGGAGAGCAGUUUAAAUGAAGAUGAGCGGUUGCUUCCAAAAGACAAAAAGACCAACCUCUUCAGUGCCCUUAUCAAGAAGAAGAAGAAGACUGCCCCUGCCCCUCCGAAACGCAGCAGCUCCUUCCGGGAGAUGGACGGCCACUCGGACCGCAAGGGUGGGGGGGAGGAGGAAAGCAGGGAUGCCAGCAAUGGGGCUUUCAUCAUGCCCCCUGCAGAUGCCAUCGAUGCCUCAAAGUGCCAGGGCCCGAGCAAUGGGGCUGGAGUCACUAAUGGAGCUGUCACUGGGAACUCGGGCUUUUUAUCCCCCCACCUAUGGAAAAAAACCAGCGCCAUGACGAGCAGCCGGCUGACAACCGGUGAAGAAGAGUGUAGUUCUAAUGCCAGCAAGCGCUUCCUGAGGUCCUGCUCAGCAUCGUGCGUACCCCAUGGAGCCAAGGACACGGAGUGGAGAUCCGUGACGCUGCCCAGGGAUUUGCAGUCCACAGGGCGGCAGUUUGAUUCCUCCACCUUCGGCGGGCACAAGAGCGAAAAGCCAGCCCUGCCUCGGAAGCGGGCGAAUGAGAACAAGACGGAUCUUGCCGUCAGGGGGACGGUGACGCCCCCUCCCCGGCUGCUGAAGAAAAACGAAGAGACAACUGACGAUGUAUUCAAAGACACAGAGUCCAGCCCUGGCUCCAGCCCACCCUCUCUGACACCAAAACUUGUACGCAGGCAACCUAUAAUCACUCCUUCCUCCAGCCUGUCCCACAAGGAUGAUGGCAUCAAACCCAGUGCCUUAGGUACCAUUGGGAUGGCAGACCAAGGUCCUACUGUCAAACCCAACUCUGCUGGGGUUGUGGUUGCCAGCAAGGCUUCCACGGAGGAGCCAAGGAUGAGGCGGCUCAAGCAGACUUCCGAGUCGUCAGGAAAGGACAAGGUGAAGUUAUCAAAGCUUAAACCGGCCCCUCCGCCUCCACUCUCCUCAGCUUCCAUUGGGAAGCCUGGAAAAUCAUCCCACAGCCCCAGCCAGGAAGCAGCAGAUGCAGGGUCUGGUACUAAAUCUAAACAGUUGACUCAGGUUGCAGACACUAUAAGCAGUGAUGCCGCCAAGCCAAACCAGUUAGGGGAGGGUGUAAAAAAGCCUGGGCUCCCCUCUGUACCAAAGCCACAGUCCUCCACAAAGCUGCUGCUGACCACAGCAGCCCCAGCCCCCUCUUCCUCAUCUGCCUCAUCUGCCCCGAGCGGAGACCAACCAUCAUCAACAGCCUUCAUCCCUCUCAUAUCCACCAGAGUCUCCUUGCGCAAAACCCGCCAGCCUCCAGAGAGGAUAGCCAGUGGCACCAUCACCAAGGGAGUGGUAUUGGAAAGCACCGAGGCCCUGCGCAUUGCCAUCAACAAGAACUCCGAACAAAUGGCGAGCCACAGCGCCGUCUUGGAGGCCGGCAAAAACCUCUACACGUUCUGCGUGAGCUACGUGGACUCCAUCCAGCAGAUGAGGAACAAAUUUGCCUUCCGUGAGGCCAUCAACAAGCUGGAGAACAACCUUCGGGAGCUCCAGAUCUGUCCAGCCACCGCCAGCAGCGGCCCUGCAGCCACGCAGGACUUUAGCAAACUUCUCAGCUCGGUGAAGGAAAUCAGCGAUAUUGUUCAGAGGUAGCAGAAGCCAGGUAACACCCUUUUUUUUCCUUUUUUUUCCUUUUUUUUUUUAAAUAACGGGCCAAAGCCAACUGCAGAGAGAACUACAGCAUAAGCGCCAUGGUAGACUGACAAAGGACCCAAGGGCCUUCAGUACAGGGAUGUGCAAAAGGCACAGACUGUGGAACAGCCCUACUGCCUAAAGUAGGGUGUUCAUCAAGAUGCACUUUCCUCCCUUUCACCGAGGUGCCCUGUCUCUCUCAUACUCCAAAUCCUCUGGUCUGUGGAGUUCUUGCCUUGUGGACUACAGGUCUAAAUGCUGAGGUCACACCAGGCCUUUUUAUAAUAUUUUAUUGUUUUGGACAGAGCUUUAAGAUGGAACCCGGACUGAUGGACACGGAUACUCUGCCCUCCUCCUGGAGGAUUUCCUACUGCAAUUUGAUUCCCUCCCCCUGCCCCUGGUGUACAUGAGGAUGAGUGUUUGAAUAGCAAUAUACACCCUGCUUUCCUGGGGUCUCAGUGUCCCCUCCCCCGCAGACACAUACAUGACACUAACACCACACAUUUGGAGGUGGCGGGGGAGUUAAUAAUGAAACAGACCGCUACGAAAUACGUUUACGAAAAUCCUCCCGGUGGUUCUGUCAGUGACCCGUAACUGCUGGUCAAGGAAUCCAUGUUUCCUCAUGUCCGAGAGCCCCUGACGAAUGGGUUCGGAAUGGCGCGGAUGGUCCCUGUGAAUGCAGCGGUACAGGAGUCCAGUUGUGGAUCUCUUCUGGUAACGAUAAAGGAGUGAUGUUCUAGAGGAAGAGCACAGCCGUGCUUUGGAGAUACACAACACUAGCCAGGCUCAAGCUUGGGGGAGCGGCAGAUCCUUUGUGAGAGCAAUGAGCCGACUGCAUCAGUGAAUGAGGGAGAGAAGGGUGGCAACAAGGGGAGGUGGAUUAGGAUGAGUUUAAAGAUACCACUGUGCCUCCAGUAGUGGUUUUAGUUGAGUUUGUGCAUCCCAAAUGUGCAUCAGCAGAGCUGUUGUCUAGUUCAAUUUCCAGCCACGUCAAUUACAUGGGAGUAAUGAGCUCAGAUAAGGGCUAUAUCAGACCUGGACGGGGCUCACUCAUACAGUCUCUGUUGGAAGAGGAAAGCAGCUCGGCGAGCUCUUCCUUUCAGUGUCCGUACAAAAUACCACGGACGAGUUUAAAAUCUAUACCUAGGGGUUUGAAGUAGUUUAAUUCCAGUGGAAACAUUGAUCACCCUAAUGAUUAGGUGGUUCUGUCCAGGAUUAAGCAGGGAUCGGAGAAGCCAGCGGACACCUUUUGGCCUGGGUGCACCUCUCAAGGGAGCAAUCUAAGGAUGCCACAAACUUCUGAAACCAUGACUCCUGGGCAGCCUUUCCCAGUUCACUUUGACCUUCCCAAUUAAUCCAAUGGAUUUGGGGACUAACUGUGACUCAUUGUGUUAUUGAAAGGACGAGACUUUAAGACAAUUAACAGUGCAAUUUAACUCCUUUCAACUCUAGACAAGAGAAGAAAGUGAUCUCCCCACCCCUUUCCCCCAGUAUCUCCUGUGAAACCCCACCAUGUGUAUCUUAAACACUAAUUGCUUUGGAUAUUUUAUUUUUCCUCUUACGAACUGUUUGUUUUGUAGAUGAUUUGAUUGUUCUUUUCUAUGCUCACACCAUUCUCACCCCCACAGAUCACCUUGGCUUAACUCGUGACCAUAAAAUUAAAAAAAAAAAAACACCAUAGGCUGCCUUUACAAAAUACAAACAUACCUGCAACAAAAAACCCACAAGCAAAAAACAAAAACAAAAAACCACCCCACCAAAAACCCCCACCCCUUGGACUAUCUCUUUUCUGAGGUACUGUUUUAACUUUGUUGAUAACAUAUUGUGCCACUAUAUUAUACAUUUGUAUCUCAGUAUUACACACUUUUGUAGACUUAUCUUUUUUACAAUGUGUAAAUAGCUCUGUCCUUCGUUUCUGUAAUACCAAAGGGGCUGUUUCCCCUUUGUUUUGGUCCAAUACAGAUUGUUUCUGUACGUGGCGCUCUCCCUGAUUUUUAUUUUUUUGGGUUUAUUUUUUAUUCUGCGCUCUCUUGCAUAGUAUAUUUAAAAAUAAAUCUGUGUCAAA